AUGCCUCCUGAUUCAAUUGAUACAUCUCCCAAUGACGGAAGGUUACUGUCCGGAGAAGUUGCAUCAGUGCGAGGUGGGUCAGAAGGGGCAGUGACAGGGGCAAUGCUUGCCAUGCAGCUGGUUGGAGCAGUAGCAGGAUCAGAGGCUGCCGAUCAGACUGGUUUGACGGCAGGGAAUGUGACAACCUCGGAUAUGGACACAGCAAAAGUGAGCAGCGGAGAUAUGGCGGCAGAGGAUGUGAUUGUACGAGACGUGGCAGCAGAGAUUGUGACAGUAGGAGGGCACAGCCCCACUGUCAGUGCCCCCAAUGCUUCCACAGCCACAGCUAUAACCACUUUCACGUCUCCUGGAACAGCGGCGGGCACAGCACUGCACUUUACAGCAGAGAAGAGAACUUCAGUGGCAAUGUUGCACCACCAGAAGCGACAGCAGGAGCUGGAGCCGCCGCCACUGCAGCAGAAGCAAGAGGAGGAGGGGGAGCAACAGCAGCAGCAGCAGCAGCAGCAGCAGCAGGAGGGGCAACAGGCAGCAGCAUCAGGAGCAACGCGAGCCUCUUCUGUGUCCUGGAUGGUGCUGGAGCUGGGGAGGGGUUCGACGGGGUGUGAAGAGGUGCUGCUGUAUGCGUGCCGGUUCUGUGGAAAGAGAUUUGGCCAGCCGCAGGGGCUCGGAGGUCACAUGAACGCCCACCGGCGAGGUGAGAAGGAGAGGCGAGACCAAGAGGCAGAGACCAGUCACCAGACAACCCUGACACUCCAGGCGCACAGGCGGAUCCACAUGGGGUUCUCUAACCAUCCCUCCCCUGCCCACCCUCUCUCCUUGUCUUCCCACGGUCACCAGAACGAGAGCCCAGCUGCCUCUGCUCUUGCUGGUGCGGCUAGCACAGGUAGUGCUGGUGCUUCUUGUAUGCACCCACUAUUCAGUUUCGGCCACGAUGCUAAGGCCUUUUCCAGUGUCACGGCUGCUGCUGCUGCUUACUCUGGUGCUGCUGGUUCUGCUGCUUUGCUCCCUCGUGCUGCUGCUGGUUCUGAUGGCGCUGGUGCUUCACGUAUGCACCCACUAUUCAGUUUUAGCCACGAUGCCAGGGCGUUUUCCACUCUCAUGGCUGCUGCUUCAUCUGGCGCUGCUGCUUCCUCUGGUGUUGAUGGUGCUGCUGGUGCUGCUGGCGCUGCUGGUGCUGCUGGUGCUGCUGGUGCUUCUGGUGCUGUUGGUGCUGCUGCAUUGCUCCCUCGUGCUGCUGCUGGUGCUGAUGGCGCUGGUGCUUCACGUAUGCACCCACUAUUCAGUUUUAGCCACGAUGCCAGGCCGUUUUCCACUCUCAUGGCUGCUGCUUCCUCUGGCGCUGAUGCUUCCUCUGGUGCUGCUGGUGCUGCUGGCGCUGCUGGUUCUGCUGGUGCUGCUGGUGCUUCUGGUGCUGUUGGUGCUGCUGCAUUGCUCCCUCGUGCUGCUGCUCCUGCUGCUGCUGCUGCUGCUGGUGCUGGUGCUUCAUGCACGAAGUAUUUUCAGGAGGAGGAGGAGGAGGAGGAGGAGGAGGAGGAGGAGGAGGAGGAGGAGGAGGAGGAGGAGGAGGAGGAGGAGGAGGAGGAGGAGGGGAAGGAGUAG